AUGACUUGCAGUGCUACACUGAUAUUUGCUGCCUUGGCUAGUAUCAAGGCAUACCCUGCAGCUGCAUCUUCCCCGCUGUCCUCGACACGAAUAUCAUCAAAUCUUCCAGCCUGGCUUUGUGGAUUUGACCAGGAGCUGUCUUUGGACCCAUCGUAUUCCUACGUUCCACUCCUCCCAAACCUGAUUCCUCAUCUUCAGACUUUGCUCAACUUUGUUACGAACACGCUGCCUAAACCGCUGGCUUCGAAGAUCUUGCUGGGUAUCGGCGCCGAUAGUUGGGACAAUGAAGAUGGCGUUGAUAAUGGAUGGGAAGAUCGACCGACAUUGACGUUGACUCGGAUACUCUUGACGUAUCGACAGUUGAUUUUCGUCACUGUACUCUCACCUCCUCUUGUUGGAUCAUUCAUUCCAAGUAUGGUGGCACUGGAUUAACAUCUUUUUCAUGCUAGUUAUGUGGUCUAUUGAACUACUUGUUAGUACUGAAGAUGA